CUUCUCAGAAGAAAACUGACCUUUGGAGUCUGUGAAAGAACGGUGACUAUAAGACUUUACCAAAGUGUUGCCGCGUUGCUUCGUUCAAACAACGUUUAAUAUAGCAUGGGUCUAGUCGAAGCUAUCUACCCCGCCCUCGGGACCGUAGACUACAAACAGCCGCUAACCAAGCUGGUCUUCAUCGGCGGUUCUCUGCUGUUCUUCACCGCCGUGUUUGUGGUCUGUGCCCUGGGGAGCUACGGGAUAAAAACCUACAGGAACUUACGAUCACGAGAAAAGGUGUUUUGGAAUUUGGCAGUUGUCCGUGCUCUGUAUGGAGUCUUCUGUACGGUGAUGGGGAGUUGGGCAAUCUUUUGGGACGAGGUUGCGGUCCAAGAUGUCGUCCAUGCUACCACACCGACAGGUUUCGUCACAAUCUACGUCACAGUCGGCUUCUUUCUCUUCGAGACUCUGGCCUCCACGACCUCUGACCUCAUGUUCGGAAAGUUCAACCCUCUUCUCAACGCCCACCAUCUUGUUUCACUGCUAGGUCAUAGCCUUGUUGCCUACUACGGCUGUUUUCACUAUCUUGGCGUUGGUGGUUUGAUUCUCGAAAUGAGUACGCCAUUUUCGGCAUUGUGUUGGGUGCUGCUAAAAACCGGGUUGGCCGAAUCCAUGCUCUGGAAAAUCAACCAGAUGAUUCUAGUUCACACCUUCCACCUGCGUUCUGUAGUAGAGUGCUUCUUGUGGUAUCAGACAUACAAACACUGGGGCAAAAUGUGGCACGAAACGCCCUUCCCCCUCCUAUCAGUAUUCUUAGGGGGUCUGUUCAUGUUUUCGUUUGUGAUGACGCCAUAUUGGUGUUACAAAAAGACGGCCCAACUCUUUAAUCCUAUUGAUUGGAAUUUCAGUGACAGUCGAAAGCAUGGACAGACCAACGGAUACGCUGUGAAUGUUACAAAUGGCAAUGUCCGCUCCAAAAAGAGCAUGUGAGAUAUGUUAGCAAUGACCUACCCUAAAAACAUAGGAUUGGCCACCAAUUAACUGAAAUAAAUUUGAAAGAAUCGGACUGUAGAGAGA